AUGCAGCAGUUGGAUGAGAACCCUGAAGACGACGAUGCGAUGACCGCAGCGCUUCGAGCGCGCCACGCCCAACACAAUAAAAUGCUCCAGGCAUGCUCGUCGACAUUUGCGCUUGGUGUAGCCACGUCCAAGUCGAAGCAGGACACGAAGCAUCCCACGGGUGUUCGUCGAAGUGUUCGAGGGAGAUAUCCGAAUACACCCUUACCGCUACCCCUUGCGCGCGUCGUGGACGUACAGAGUGACCAGCUGCACAUGCAAUUCCCCCGACAAGAACUUCAGAUUAACCACCUCCAACUGCAAGUCUAUGCCACUCCUGGUCCAUCAGACUAUGACGACUGCGCGGUGGCACUUGUGCGGCCACGGAGUGCCCGAGCCUAUCUAUGUGGUAGCGACCGACAAGACCCCAAGCCAACUGACGCACCCCCCUCAACCCUCUACACCCCGAAACUUGUUCGCCCUCGUAGCCCCAGCGCCCACAUCAGUUUGUCCCGCCUCCCAGACGUGCCCGUGCAUAAUCACAUGCGAUUCUACGUUCCAGAGUCUGAUUUUGCAACUGCCAAGUCGCAAAGCUGGGAUUUUGCGCGACGGUUUCCGACAGAUCGAUACCCCCGUCGUCCACCCCAAACAUCCCCCUCUGUCCACUGGAGCAACAUCAACAAUGACGGGGCCGGUGAUGACCCCCAACGCAGCCCCCACGCCCCACCGCACCCGCCUUCGCACGUUCGGUCCAGAACCCCCCAUCGCCGCGUCACCAUGUUGCAUGAGUUUGUCACCCGGCGAUUGCGUGCGUGGGCGAUCAUUGUGUGGGCCGUGGAUGCCCACUUGGAGCUCUUCCGCCGCGCGUGCAUCCACCGCGUAUGCCGGCGCCUACUGAGCGUCAUGCUGUCUCGCCGCGCUGCCACGUCACGGGCAUUCGACCAGUGGCGCCGGGGGACCAUCGAAUACGCCCAGCAUAUCGCGAGCACUGUUAUCAUCAACCACUUUUGGCAUAUGCGGAUUUCGGCCCGAGGGCGGCUCAAGAUGCGCGCCAUUCACGUGCUCAAGACGUUUUUGGCGUGGACCCAGGCAGGACCCGUGGUAGUGAAGCAGGUGCACCGCUACUUGGAUCGCGUGCGCCGGGUGCAAUUGUGGUGGAAGCACAGAGUUCGAGUGCUGUUUUCCCAAGCGGUGUUGUGGGUGCGGCAGUGGCGCACCACUGAAGAAUCGAUGCGCCAAGCACAUUUGGCAGCCAAGCAAGCCACAACCGACAUGCCGUUUCACGUGAAAUGGAGCGUCGAGCACCAAGCUGAGUGGUCGCAAGCGCUGUUUUGUUUAGGUCCAAACCGCCUCUUGAUCGGCCAAGACAUUAGUACCGAUGCCGUGCUGGUCAAAAUCGAGUUGGCAGCGGCCGUGACCCUCGACGGCGACACGCUCAGCGGCCUGCCAGGAGGCGCGGGGCAGCAAUCGUUUGUGCACAUUCAGCCCAAACGAGACCCGACGCAGAGCUUACUCCUCACGGGCCAAGACUUACCCUUGUGGCAACUCAAGCUCAACUUGGUGGUUGCCUGCGGCCAGAUCUUGGACGACCACCGCACAGACAGCAUGGGGCUGACGUGCCAACUGAAACUCAAAGAAAUGCGCAAAACCCACCGCCUGCCCACCCAUGAAAUCACGGGCGUGUUGUGGUAUUGCGUUGGCGACCUCCUUCGGGAACGGCCACACUGCCCCACCGCUGCCGUCCAUCGGGCCAUUCGCACUAACUACCUCGAACGACGAGCACAGUUCAGUGUGAAUUGGCGCAAGUACCAGCUCGCCCAUCUCAAGUGGCAACAGCAACAAGAUCAGCAUGCAAACAACCCUCAGGCGAGCAGUCGCUCCGAAGGACGCAUGAUACUAUCACACAAGCCCCGCCCGCCUCGAUUCAAGGCGCUCAUCCCGCUUGGACAGCUCGCCAUGCUCAUCGACGAGGUUACAGAGACCACCGCGCAACAACAUCCAGAGUACACUCGAUUAAUUUUAGCGUAACCAGCCGCCGGCACUGGUGGUUGAACCUCUGGUGUUGAGUUUGGUCUUGUUCCACACUGCAUAGUCUUCGAGCAGUCGACCGACUUCGACGGCGUUGUCGCAAACCGACUGGGCGUGGCCUUGGCUCGCGGUCUGAAUCGUCACGUGGUUGGGCGUCACGACCACGCCCACCACGUCGGCAUGUUCCCACGACAGCAGCACGUUGUGACUGGCAUCCACAAAGUGCACGCCCAUGCCGUUCACGGCGAGCACGGACGCCGCCGGCGACUCGAAUGAAACGAGGACAUUAUUCACAGAGGUCGAAGACAUCGAGUUCAUUGUCGACGAGAUGGACGGUUUGGACAGGUUGAGCUUUGGCACGCGGAUGGCAAAGAAGUGGCUACCAAAGAGCCGAUGCUUCUUGACUUCAUCCACGUACAACGCCUGCCAGUGUUCCACCGAAGGACCUGGCGACUUGGUAGUGUCGUGGUGCGGGUGGUCUUGCAAUGCUUGGCGAAUUUGGUGCAAGAUACACUGCGCAUACUCGUUUUCGCUCUUGUCGUCCACCCACACCGCGGGCAAGUACUCGAGCACGUUCCACGCGAGCACUUCGUCCAGUGUCUCGGGUACAGGUUCGUCUGUCGACGCCGUGGAGUCGACGAGGAUGGCAUACGAAGCCAGGCGAAGCACGGGUUCGAUUUGUAGGAGCGGCAGGCGGCCCUGGAGAAUAUCUUCCAUGGCUUGGACAUAGACCAAGCGCUGGUAGAUGGGGUUGGUGUCGUCCACGACAGCAACGACCGGACUCAAACGCAGUUUCAACACAAAGGUACACGGACCCCCACGAAGUUCGUGUCCAGCGGGGAGGGGGUGGUCGUUGGUGUCGGACGUCGUACUUAGAUCAUCAAACACAUCCCCUAUCCACCCCGCAUUGUCAUACUUCACAAAGCACACACACAUAGA